CUUGGUUUUACUCUUGGCAAUGUGGUUGGGAUGUAUCUGGCUCAGAACUAUGAUAUUCCUAACAUUGCAAAGAAGCUUGAAGAUUUUAAGAAGGAUGUGGAAGCUAAGAAGAAACCUCCCAGCGACAAAUCCUAAGAGAGCAACAUUACCCAGGUCACCUCUGUGCAUGCAUCAAGGAUGCAAUUUACCUUUCUGGCAACAAAGAUCAAGUAGAGGGUUGGCAUGGGAGGUUCCUCCACUUUUAGUCUCCUAAAACUGGAAUGUCCUUCUUUUGAAACAGCAGCUGUGGACUUUUUCUGGGACUGAUUUUGAAGUGUUUCAGUAUUUGGAUUUGCAGCUUAUAUGUGACUGGAUAAGAUAAUUUGUAUUUUUUUGUUAUCGCUUUUCCUAAUAUUUUGUAACCCGUUUUUACCUGAUCCAACUGGAGUCCUGUUAGUCCUAUUACUAUGCAUACCUCACACUUUGUAAUACCCUAAUUCUUAGAACGUUGCAAAAGAAAUUAAAUGCAUCCAGAAGUAA